AUGGCUGGCGCCUUUACCGCCCGUGAGGGCCUGGCCCCGCGGAGCCGGCCACGACUGUGGCACAAGUCGUACGAGAGAGGAGCCAGGCAGGCUGUGCCAGCCAAGAGGGAGUCGUGGAGCUUGCGAGAGGGUGACUUCUUGAAGGUGAGGAAGAGGCCGGAACGAAAGCCUCUGUCCAUCGAGAGGGCUCAAGGCUCAGAAUUCUUGUUUGGGAUUGCACCGUGUUCCCUGGCCCUCUCUCAGUCCAGAAGGAACCUGUUCAGGUUGUUCCUCAAGCAAAGCAACAACUCUCAGCGACUUGUUAUGAGUGAAUUUGUCCUUCAGGCCACGUCCCGGGGUGUCCCUGUGCACCAUGUCAAAAGGAGAGAGCUGGAUGCUCUCUGCAGAGGUCAGGUCCACCAGGGAGUUUGCUUGGAGGCCACUCCUCUCCAUUUCAAGAGUUUGGAGGAAGCUGAAAAGCCUGAUUUGGGGGAUGGAGAGAGUACGAACCGACAGCUGAUUUGGCUGGUGUUGGAGCAGAUCCAGGAUCCCAUGAACCUGGGGGCACUGCUGCGCUCUGCGUACUUCCUGGGGGUGGACAGAGUGGUGACAAGCCAGAGGAACAGCUGCCCAUUGACACCGACAGUGAGCAAAGCUAGCUCUGGAGCUAUGGAAGUCUUCGAUGUCUACAGCACAGAUGAUCUCCGGAGCUUUUUGAAGGCUAAAACUGCAGAAGGUUGGGAAGUUGUGGGAACGGUUAGCAAGCCUGAGGAUGUGGAAAAUGUUCCUGUCAUCAGUUGCUUGGAAUUUCAGUGGACGAAACCCGUUAUUAUAGUCAUAGGUAGCGAAGGUGAUGGACUUUCCCUGGAGACGCAGCUCUUGUGCCAUCGGAUGCUGGCCAUCCCCCCCGGCAGAGCGCUUCACCCCGGGAUUGAGUCGCUGAACGUCUCUGUUGCUACUGGUAAACGUGCUUCUGAGCACAGAGGCAUCACAGUCCAGAUUUCUGUAUUUAAGAAUCAAACAAACACCCUGGCCCACAGAAGAUCUUUUUUUUAA